AUGCAAUAUUUGUGGGAAUUUACUUUGAUGACGCUUUUCACAGCCAACUCAUGGACUGGCAAAAGUUUUGGUGUCACUUCUACUUUUUUACAAUUUGAAGAGUUCUAUUCGCAAUCGUUUGUGCCGAACGCUCUGCAGGUUUCAUAUCGUGUGGAAAAUAAUAUCGGCGUCUAUUAUAAUAUCACAGCGCUACAGUCAUUCCCGGGGAAAAUACUCUUCAACGCAUUUAUACGCAAAAUCGGCACAAAUUUGGGUGAGAAAUCGGUGAACAUAUUUAAACACAAAAACUUGGACUUUUGCAAAAUCAUGGAAAUGAUGCAUAAUUUCACGAAGGAGGAGUAUAAAAACGAAACGAUACUGCAGAGUACCUUCAUCAAUUCGUGCCCGUUUACGCGCGGCUUUUACUAUGUGGAGAACGGCACGGUUAGAAUGGAAACGAUACCGCUAUAUUUUAAUCGUGGCAUUUAUUGGGUACAAGUCGAGCUGGUACAGCUAUUUGGUGAGGUGACCAAAUUAAUGAAUGUGAAAGCGAAAUGUCGCUACGACCCAGAAGAGUCUGGAAGUGAUUUAAAUAUAUUCUCGAUUUUUGCAAAUGCUCACAACAACAAUCUGCAAUCCCUGCAACAGAGAAUGAAGGGUCUAAGAAUUUUUUAG